UUUUUUUUCUUGCUGCCCCUGUUUUCUUGACACGCUUGGAUUGAUACGAACUUGUUGCUAAUGGAGGACGCGCUUUUGGCUCAAUUGCAGAAUGCCCACCUUCAUGACGACGAUGAUCUUCGUCACGAGUCAGAAACGGGCUCUGAAGCAUCAGACAAUGACCAAGAUGAAGACAUUUACAAAGACGAUGAUAAUGAUAGUAUACCCUUCAAUGCACAGCAUGGUGGUCGACAGACAGGGCCCAAAGGAGUUAUUGCGGAUCAAAAAUACCACGAACAACUGCAAAGAGAUGCCCAGCUGCGUUCGCAAGCUCGACAUAAUGCUCGCAUAUUAGCCAAGGCACCGACGACAACGACAUAUCGUGAAGACGAAGCGGCUAAAGAUGAACUGGUUUUGGAAGCGAAAGCAGAAGAGAGUGACGGUGAUCUGGAGGAUGAGGCGGCUUUGCAGCGGUUUCGCCAACAAAGGUUAGCGGAACUCCGGAAUAUGAAUAAUCACGCCGUACGACAGCAGCAUCGAGUGUUUGGAACGGUCCAAGACAUUACGGCCGAAGAAUAUGCGUCAGUGAUUGACAAGGAAUGGAAAACGGUUCCAAUUAUAAUUCAUUUGUAUGAUGAGUCCAUUCGUGAAUGUAGAACAUUGGAUGACUAUUUCGUGGGACUCGCUUAUAAAUACGCAUUGGCCAAAUUUGUACGGGUCUCGGCAACCGACCUGGAAUUCGACCUGGUAGGAUCACCGGCCAUUCUGGCUUACCGUGGCGGGAUUUUGGUCGCGAACCUGGUGCGUUUGAUUGAUGAAGUUGGGCCACAGUUCAUUGUCGAUGCAGUGGAAGAUGUUCUGUUACGGAGUGGGGCCUUGUCAGAGGACGAUCUGUAUGAUUUACCUGUUCGUACCAGAUCGGACACUGAAGACGACGAAGAGGAUGGAUGAUGAUUUGAAUUCCAGCAUCAACCGACCAUCCGACUCUCGAUGGAUCAUACGGAUGGACAUGUUCGAUUCAUUUUUUUAGGAUUCUUCAAUAAAUAUUAUGUACCUAAUUGACAAAAAUGGCACCGUUGGGAAACGUGAAAAGAUGUGGGUCCUUGCCAUUAAGAAAAGCGUAUGUCGUCAUGGCCAGGCC